ACCUGGCGCGUGCCAACCGCGUCUACUUGGCCGAUCGCGAACUCAAUCUGAUCAGUUAUGGCCUUCAAUCCACUGUACUCGAGUACGAAACAGCUGUAAUGCGAGGUGACUUCGUUUGUGCUGACAACCUCCUUCCUAACAUCCCUAAAGACCAGCGCACUAAGAUUGCGCAUUUUCUCGAACGCCAGGGAUUUCGUAAGCAAGCACUCCGCGUAACCACGGAUCCGGAUCACAAAUUUGACUUGGCCAUUCAGCUUAAGGAUCUUAAAGCAGCUCACGAAAUCGCCCUGGAAGGUGACCAGGAAUCUAAUGAGUCAAAGUGGCGACAGGUUGGGGUCCCUGUAUCUGGCCUGAGUCAAUCGCUGGUGAGCACGCGAUUUUUUUCGGGAAAGUCGUUUCUUGAGAGUUUCCACGGGGAGAAUGGCUUCCACAUCCAAGAAAGACACUCUCACCUCUUAGCUAUUAUCUACAUGGACAAGUUGGGACAGUGUUUGAACAGAAAAUUGGUCAAUGAGAUUGCCUUCACCUGUCACGAUGGAGCCUCACUGACAAUGCCGGCAAAAUAUUUGGGCAUGUACCAAGUCACUGGUCUGAAGCUGGAAAUCACGAAUUCUAUUGCAGAGUACACAGGACUAGGUACGUUCCACAAAGUCUUCCUGGCGCUGAGACCAAGUUGCGAAAAUAAGUUCGAACCUGCGCUACAAGGCUACAGGAGACGUCGACCAAGUAUAAGGCCACACAUUCUUACUCUUCAUACCUAG